CAGCCAGCGCUGAGCAGAGAAAGUCCAGACAUAGGCUGCAACGCAAUCUUUGCUCGGGGCGUGUCUUCAGAAAGCGCGCUCGCCAACUUUGUGCUGGAGUUUCAGUGCGACUUACUUUUCAUGAACUGUUUGGACGAGAUGGCUUCUAUUCAGAGAAAAAUCCCAUACACACCUAAAGCCCCUAUUAUACAAGGCGUAUACAGCCAGGCUGUUGUGGUGGACCGUACAAUGUACAUCUCAGGACAGAUCGGCUUGGACGUUGGCGGACAGUUGGUGGCAGGAGGAGUGCAGGCUCAGGCCAAGCAGGCGCUCAUUAACAUGGGGGAGAUUCUGAAAGCUGCUGGAUGUGGAUAUGAAAACGUUGUCAAAACCACAGUGUUGCUGGCAGACAUCAGUGACUUCAAUAAUGUGAAUGAUGUUUACAAGCAGUUUUUCAAGAGCAAUUUCCCGGCUAGAGCUGCCUAUCAAGUAGCCGCCCUGCCCAGAGGGAGCCUUGUUGAGAUUGAAGCCAUCGCUGUGUUGGGGCCCAUCACAGAUUCUUCCUGACUAUAUGAACCCAGCAUGCAUCACAAAUUGUAAAUACAGUUAUACGGAGACAUUUACUAAAUCAAUCAGACUUGUUUCCCUCCCAUUAAACUGAUAGGAGUGAAAUCUCCGUGUCUGUUUCCCAUUUUGCUAAUGCUAAUAUGAACACGCUGGUUAGAGUUUCCGGUUUCAAUUCAAAACCCAGUUUAAAAUCAACUUUAUUUUUAAAUCUUGUCAUUAUAACAUUAAAUCGAAUCACACCACAAAAACAUUUA